GAAAGCUAAAGCCCUCUUUCCUUGCUUGCCGUCUCUAGUCAGUGCAAAGAGGAAACUGAGGUUGUGCAAUGGCGAGCUUUCUCCUCUCUUCCAUCCUAUCAAAAACCAGCCAAGUAUUGGGCUCCGUUCAUAGAUGGGCAGUCUUGCCGUCUUCAUCAUCAGAUCCACGCAGCAGUGUCUUGGAAGAUCUGAAGAAGUUGGAGAGAAGAUUGAAGAGGAUCCAGGCGGUGCUCCAUGACGCAGAGGAGAGGGAGAUACGAGACCAAGCUGUCCAGCUCUGGCUGGAGGAGCUUAAAGAAGAGGCUUAUAAAGCAGAAGACGUGCUGGACGAGUACCACUACGAGGAACGGCGAGCCCAAGUGGAAGCCCGAGCUUCCCGCAAGCGGAAGCGAGUGGAAGGGGAUGAUGAGGAGGAGGUAAGUGGUUCUCUUUCCAACAUAGUGGUUUCAAUUCCUGAUGGCAUGGGGGAUAGAAUUAGGGAGAUCAGGGAGAGGUUCGAUGAGAUCUCGGAGGAUCGGGAACGCCUCCGUUUAAGAGAGGAGAAUGGAGAGCGACGGGUCCUCAGAGAUCCGUACCCAGAACCAACCGGUCACAUGGUGGACGAGUCACGUAUGUUUGGAAGGGAACAUGACAAGAAGAGGGUAAUUGAUAUGCUGUUUUCUGAGGGUAUGGGAAAUGGUAUCUCUGUCAUUCCAAUUGUCGGCGAGGGAGGAUUGGGAAAAACCACCGUUGCUCAGCUGGUCUACAAGGAGGUAAAAGAAUAUUUUGAUAUGACUGGAUGGGUUUGUGUAUCCGAUGAUUUUCGUGCUGCAAGGCUAACAAAGGCCAUCAUUGAGUCUCUUACUUCGAGUUCUUGUGAUCAAACAGAACUAAGCACACUUCAAAAUAGUCUCAAGGAAAAGGUGCAGGGGAAGAGAGUGUUGCUCGUGCUCGACGAUGUCUGGAAUGAGCAACAAAGUCGUUGGGAGUCCUUAAUAAACCCCUUUGUUGGUGCAGAAACAAGCAGUCUUGGUCAUUAUUCAAGCAUUAUGCAUUUGGUGGUCGAGAUCCUGAAGAGCAAUCACGCUUGGAAGAUGCCGGUAAGCAGAUUGUCAAGAAAUGUUCCGGUUUACCAUUGGCUGUGA